GCAAUGCUGAAAAACUUCUCUGCGAUGAUCCGUAAUCCUAUGCAAGUUUAUCAAUUUCAACAAGAAGAAAAGUGAAGGCAUGGCUUGUAUUUCCAUAUUGCAAGCUGGUAAAGAAAAAGGCAACGCUCUUGCUUCUUGAACUGUAUCAGAAUCAAACCAACCACGCACCCAUGUCUGGGCCAAUCUUCUGAACGACAGUGGCUAAGACCUGGAUGGUGUGGCGUUCCUCACGGGUCUCGUCUCCUCAAACUACAUGUACGCAGGCAUUGACGGAGUCCUGCACCUGGCGGAGGAAUGCAGAGACGCAGCGCGGGUGGUGCAUCGCGCGCUGCUCAGCACGCUCGUCAUCGGCGUCGGGACCUCCUUUGCCUUCCUAGUAGCGAUGCUCUACUGGACUGACGAUCUUGACGCGGUGGUCGCCUCAGCCACUGGCGUCACCUUUUAUGAACUCUGGUACCAAGCCCGACGACAGCUGCGACGGUGUUCAUCGUCCUGCUCUGCCUGGCCGCGGUCUUUGCCCUGGUCGGCGCGCAGGAGACGGCCUCGCGGCUCACCUGGUCCCUGGCCCGCGACAACGCCCUUCUCGCCAGCAAGCAGAUGAGCCGAAUCCACGCAACCCUCAAGGUGCCCGUGUGGGCGCUUGUCUUCAACUUCGCGGCCAUGUUCAUCAUCGGCUGCAUCUACCUGGGCUCCUCGUCAGCGUUCAGCGCCUUCAUCGCCACGGGUCUCGUUCUGCAACACGUCUCUUACGCCUUUCCCGCAGCCCUGCUGAUGGUCCGCGGCCGCGGUGAGACCUGGCUUCCACCGACACGGUCUUUCCGACUCCCCGGUCCGAUUGGGUGGAUUGCGAUUCUCGUAACGAAUUUGCUUUGCUGUGCUGGUGUUGGUGUAUUAUAGUUUCCCGACGGCGAUACCGCUGACGAUCGGCCUGGGUGUCGAUUACAAGGCGGCCGUGCUGGGUCUGAUGGUGGUUGUGGCGGUAGGCAAUUUCGGAUCUCAAGCGAGGCAGCGCUAUCGGGGACCGAGGCUC